UCUCUUUCCCACGCUUUUUUUUUAUUUUUAAUUUUUUGAACAGUUCUCAGCCAUGUUCAGAUUAUAAAAUCCCGUAAUCUGGACGGAAUCUUGACCGUCACGAGAUCUUAAACAAGCUGUAGCUUCUUGCUGACCAAUGGACGGUUUUGAUCUAACAGAGAAUAGGCCAAUAACAAAUAAGUGGAAGUCCCAACGUUAUUUUAUAUUGAUUUAAUAACAACAAAGAUUAGAGCAUUUCAGCAUCGUUCAUAUAAUGCAAUGCAACUAUGCAGGGUGAGAAAGGACCAAUAGGCUGUUUAGAAAAGCUUCGGUUCCCUUAGCUAAAGCUUCAAAAAGAGAAAAAUCCUCAUUGUUCAUUUCUGCUUUAGGAAGAAAAAAGAAUGGCAGAGGCAAUUGUUUCUUUAGCAAUUCAAAGAAUCAACGGCUUGCUUAUUCAAGAAGCAGUUUUCCUCAGCGGUGUGAAGGAGGAAGUUACGCGUCUGCAAGAAGAAUUAAAACGGAUACUGUGUUUCUUGAAAGAUGCAGACCGCAGGCAAGAUCAAGAUGAGCGCGUUCGUAACUGGGUAGCUGAGAUUAGAGGUGUUGCUUAUGAUGCUGAGGAUGUUAUAGAGACAUUUAUUCUUGAAGCUGCAACAGGUAGAGGAGAAGGAGCAAGUGGAAUCAUGAAGAGAUUUACCUCAAUUAUCAAGAAAGUUCCUCAUAUUCAUGAAAUUCGGAAUCAGAUCGAAUCUAUCCGCACCAAAAUUUGUGAUAUUUCUUCAAGCUUGCAGACUUAUGACAUCAAAUUUGUUGCUAAAAGAGAAUGGUCUAGUUCUGCUAGUGAAAUGCAACAGCGAUUGAGAAGAUCCUACCCACAUGAUGAGGACGAGCAUGUUAUCAGUUUUGAUGCAGUCAUAAGAGAUCUUAAGGCUCAGUUGAUGAUAGAAGAAGAGAGACUCCGAGUUGUUUCUAUAGUUGGAAUAGGAGGGCUGGGUAAAACCACUCUUGCCAAAAAAGUGUACAAUGACAAUCGUGUGAAGCAACAUUUCGACUGUUAUGCUUGGGCCUUCAUGUCUCAACAAUUCUCCGUAAGGGAUUUGCUGGUUAGAAUCCUGACAGAAGCUGCAGAUAAAUCAAAGUUGGAAAGUACGGAACAGGGAAAAGAAAUAAUGAAAGGGGAACAGCCUUUUGCAUCUAAGUUGGAGACAUUAAAAGAGGAAGAUAUGUUCAAAUCCAUGCUGGAAAGGAUGAAAGAGGAAGAUUUGGUUAAAAAGCUCUAUAAAGUGUUGGAGGAAAAGCGAUACUUGGUGGUUCUCGAUGAUAUUUGGAGUAAUGAAGCAUGGGACUGUCUGAAACGUGCUUUCCCAAAUGGGAAAAAGGGGAGCAAAGUUCUGCUCACCACUCGCAACAAGAAAAUUGCUUCUUCUGCUGAUCCAUGGAGCUCCCCUGUAGAACCACCAUUUCUGACAAGUAAUGAAGCUUGGGAACUUCUCAGGAGGAAAGCAUUUCCCAACCAUAUUGCCACUGAGAAUAACUGUCCUCCCGAGUUUGAGAAGCUAGGAAGGGAGAUGGUGAAAAAAUGUGGAGCAUUGCCUUUAGCGGUUGUCGUACUUGGAGGCUUAUUGGCAACGAAGAAGACAUUGAAGGAAUGGGAGAUAGUACAGAGGAGUGUUAAUGCUCAAUUCACCACGUUCCUGCAACAGCAUAAUCAGUAUGCAGAAGUGUAUGGCAUAUUAGCAUUGAGCUUCCAUGAUUUGCCCUUUCACCUGAAGCCAUGCUUUCUCUAUCUUUCCCAAUUUCCAGAGGAUUGGGAGUUUCAGAAGAGGUCACUAAUUCGAAUGUGGAUUGCUGAAGGCUUUGUAGCACAGCCAGAAGCAGAAACAGACAUAACCAUGGAAGAUAUAGCUGAACACUGUUUGGAAGAGCUUGUUAGUAGGUGCAUGGUUCAAGUGAGUGAAAGAGACCACACUGGAAUAGGUGUCAAGACUUUCCGUGUCCAUGAUCUCAUGCGAGAUAUGUGUAUAUCAAAGGCAAGAGAUGAGAAUUUCGCUGGAACCAUAGAGCAUCGAGACAGUUUUGCAACAAACACUUCUUCCCAUUUUCUCAAGUCAGCAGCAAGCAGAGCUAGAAGAAUUGCUAUUCACCCUCGCAUAUCGGGAGACAAUGCUGGUAAGCGGUUCUACGUACCCUUGGUCAAAGGUAGCGAUCCUCAUGUUCGUUCUCUUCACUACUUUGUUGAUCAAGGUAAAUAUAGAAUCACCAGGGGGCAAGAAAUUUAUAUUAUUAAGAAAUUUAAACUGCUCAGAGUCUUGAAUCUGAAAAAUAUAUAUCUAAGCAAGUAUCAUAUGCCCAGAGAAAUCGGUAAUUUGAUUCACCUGAGAUAUCUUGGUUUAAGCGAUACCGGAUUAUGGGUAACCACCAAGUGCAUGUUUUUGGUUUCCACAUCCUUACCAGCAUCCAUAGGUAACUUGAAGAGUUUAUACACCCUCGACGUACGAAAUAAUUCUUUGCAAAGUUUACCUGAUGUGCUGUGGAAAUUGGAAAAUUUAAGACAUGUGUUAGUAAAUCCUUGUUUUGAGGGGCGAUUGAGAUUGGAUACAUUAGCACACCUAGAGACUUUGAAGUGGAUGCGGGCUAAGAAUCUUAUUGCAAGAGAUGCAGUACUCAAAUUGACUAAUAUUCGGAAUUUAGGAGUGUAUUUCGAAGAGCCUGAGGAAGUAGAGAUUGUCCUGAAUUCCAUCAAUUUAGGCCGCCUUCGUUCAUUGAAGAUGUCCAUCUCAAAUGAAAAGUCAUUUCCAAGUUUGGAAUUACUUUCAGGAUGUAAUCAUCUCACCAAGCUAGAGCUACAGGGGCGCAUAUCAGAAGAUCCGAAAUCACUCCAUCACAACCUGGGGUCUCUGCCCGUAAGCCUAGUAAAGUUAAUUUUGUCCUGUUCUCACCUAAAGCAAGAUCCAAUGUGUUAUCUAGAGAAGUUGCCUAAUUUGAGGUUUCUGUCACUGGAUGAUGAAUUUUCAUGCAUGGGGUCUAAAAUGGUCUGCUCUGUCAAUGGGUUUCCUCAACUUGAGAUUCUUAUACUUGACAAAUUAAGAGAAUUAGAAUACUGGCAAAUAGAGGAAGGUUCAAUGAAAUGUCUCAAGAAUUUAUAUUUAAAGGAUCUAAGGAAGCUGAGGAUGAUUCCUACAGGAUUGAAGUUUGUCACUACCCUCCAAGAAUUGAAAGUCGCUGACAUGGCUGCAUUUGAAAAGAGGGUUCAAGUGAUAGAGGGAGUAGAAGGAGAUGAUUUUGACAAGGUGCGGCACAUACCCUCCGUCUCAGUCAGCUAUUCAUGGGGCCACAAGGUUGAGGAGCCAGAAUCUGAGGAGGACUCAGGAUUGGAAGAGGACCCAGAAUGCACUUGAUGGAGAAGUGAUCAUGUGUGCAUUUUGCAGUGAUAAACUUUGUUCAAAUUUGUCUGGGGUUUACCACAUUAUUACUGUCUGUAAUUUCCAACUUCUUGUUACUUAUCUUCUUGCCAUGCAAUUUAAUGCAAAUUCUUGCUAUUAUUUGAGUGCAA